GAAGAGUGACGCGCUUCCGGUCGCUAAAAGCCGCCUGUGGGUUUAUGUUAGCUGGUGUUCUUUCAGGAUAAAAGGAUCAAACUUUAGCGUCCACACUUUCAGCCUCGGAGCUCCACGGUUUGUAAGUCGGCCUGUGAACAGCGACGCUUACGUGCCCGGCGACUCGUCGAAAUUAAUUCCCGUAAGAAGGAAACCAAAGCUGAUAAGUUGGUCAGGUCGGUGCUUCAGAAGACUGAGUUCUGCUAUGGCCAAGGUACAAGUGUUAAACGUUGCUGUACUGGACAACCCGAGUCCUUUUGGAAACCCGUUUCAAUUCGAAAUAACGUUUGAAUGCAUGGAGGAUUUGCCAGAAGAUUUGGAGUGGAAGAUCAUCUAUGUUGGUUCAGCUGAGAGUGAAGAAUACGACCAGGUUCUGGACUCGGUUUUAGUGGGCCCAGUACCAGCUGGAAGGCAUAUGUUUGUUUUUCAGGCUGAUGCUCCUAACACCGCACUGAUUCCUGAAAGUGAUGCUGUCGGAGUGACAGUAGUCCUCAUAACAUGCACCUACCGAGGACAAGAGUUUAUUCGGAUUGGUUAUUACGUCAACAAUGAAUACACGGAUCCAGAACUACGAGAAAAUCCACCUCUAAAACCAGACUACACUCAGCUCCAGAGGAAUAUUUUGGCCUCCAACCCUCGAGUCACCCGCUUCCACAUUAACUGGGAGGGCUUGGCUGACAAGAUGGAGGACUGUGAAAAUGUUGACCCGUCUCCAAACAUCGGUGGUAUGCUUCCUCCUCCUUGUAUGGCCGGAAAGUUGCCGCCCCAUGGACAGAUGCCAGACAACUCCAUGGACUGCAUGUAAGGGUCCGUAGACUCUUAUUAUGGACACGGAGCUCUUCGAACAACCCCACAUUUCAACAGAGUGGCCAUAUAUCUACAUGAAACGUGGACAUUAAAGGGGACAUUCUGACUCGGCAGCAUGGACGUUACUGCGAUGGGCCUGAAAUUGUUACUAACUUUGGUUCUACUCUUGUACGCUCUCUCAGAUCUACAGCCAGAAUUGCCUUAAAUAAUCACAUGUUUGUCUUUAAAUGGCGUUGCAGGUUUGAGUCAUUAAGGUAGUUCUAUCUUUAAACAGGCUUGCAUCAUCGAGUUGUUAUUCACGUUUUUAAUACUCAGAUUUUGUUUAUCUCAUUGGUAUGUGCACAAUUCAAAACCUUAGGAAAUGCUCUGUUUUUGAUAGGGUUGGGCAAUAUUGGCAAAAAAUGAAUCACGAUUAAUUGUGGUGUUUAGCCGAUAACGAUUAAUUUGAUGA